AUCAGAAACAAGGCGGCAGGCGCACCGUUGUGUCGAGGUGUCCCCACACAGACGCACUACGUCGUCCAACAUGGCCGCCAACGACGUCGAAAGACGACGUCCUGAAUAAUAAAAAUUGGAAACAGCUGUUUGUGUUGUAUCGUGAGUAUGGCGACCGAUGGAUGGAGUUUUACAGUGUUCGUGUUGUGCCAGGAAAUAAGUGAUUAGUUUUUUUUUUAUUUUGGAAAAGACAUGAGAAGGACACCGCAGAGUCAAUCACAGGGACAAUUGGAAAAUAAUGAAGAAGAAUGUCCCAACACAUCGUCACCGUCUCAAAUCUUAGAAAGAGUUCAAUCAGAUAGGGUUACUGUUACAAAACCAGAAGAAGACAGACGACGUAGAACAAUAAUAGUAGAAAAGAAAAAUGGAUCUUUCGGAUUUACUCUCCAAAGCUACGGCAUUCAUUAUAAGAAGGAGAAAGAAAUUGAAAUGAUCACUUAUGUGGAUUAUGUAGACUACGAUGGACCAGCCUAUAGAGCGGGAAUGAGAGAAGGUGAUGUAAUUUUGUCCAUAAAUGGAACAGAUAUGGAGAAAGCCGAUCACAAAACACUAGUCACUUAUAUUAAGAAUUGUGAUAAUAGAAUGAGGAUGGUCGUACUUUUCGAAGACUGCGUAAGAAAGGUUGAACUGCACAUGCGAUAUAUCCAGUUGCAAAGAAUUCUUCAAAACAAAAUGGAAGAGCUAGAACGUCUAUGCAUACGCGAACGUCAGCUGUUAGAAGGAAAAUGGAAAACACAUAGUCUUCCUGCAAGGAAAAAAGCCUCUCAAGCUAGUAACGGUGGUCCACCGACACCCACACAGACAACAUAUUCCUACUGUAGACCGACAGUAUCGACUGAAGAUGUGGCAAAAGUUGCGCAGCAACAGAAACAAGUUACCCCUCCCUUAGCUUUUGCUUAUCAGUACCUAGACUCGCGCUAUAGAUACAUUUUACAUCCUUCGACAAGUAGCAGUGGAGAAUACCUUCUAACCCUUGAGCAGCCUCAUUACAAAGAUCAGCACAAUCUGAUUGUAAAAACGCCCUGUGAUCAAAAACAGACUCGAGCUAGUCAGACCCGUAUGGACAAACCAAAGAAGCCUCCCGUUCUAUGUCAGCGGUAUGCUGGCCAGCUGUGCAACCCAUGCAUGCAAUCUGGAUCCAACAACGGAGACAACAAUAGCUUAGAUGCUUACGACUUGGCUAGUCCUUGUUGUGAUCCAAGAUGCGUUCCCACUGGUAGAAGAAGAUCGCGAAGCCAAAAAGAACAAAGAAAAAGAGACUCCAAGACUGAGGAAACCCAAACUGAACCACAACAACCUAGAUCUCGACCACAUUCCCAAUCGUCACAAACCGGACCUGAGCCCCAAACUUUCACAGUUCCUAAACGAUACUUUCGUAUCGGAACAGGCCUAACAAGUCAGUGUAGUUUACAUUCCUGCACUUCGAGUGAAGUUAGCAAUAUUGUCCCGACAACUUUGGGAGGCGAGAGUUCUGCCAAUAGCUACACUACGUCUCUCAGUACUGAUACCCUCUAUUGGGACGGAUCCUGUGAUACUACUUCUAGACAACUCAGCCUAAAAUCGAAACAUGACCAGCAGAGAUACUCGCAACAACCUCAACAAUAUGAGACUAUCUAUAUACAGUACAAUCAGGUUAAACCCAAAUCUUGGGACAACUUGGCAACCAAAGCAUUCGGAGGUUACGGUUUUGGUUAUGGAUAUCUAGACACCUCAUCCAAGUGUGGACAAAAAGCUGGCCGGGUCCAGCCCCCAACUAAAUGCCAAGGCACUCAAUAUAUUAAAAUGGAGAAGCAGCCAAUAGCUUGCAACAGCAAUGCUGUGCAGCUACAAUACACACCACAUUCCCAUCGAAGAUAUAUACAACCAACAAAAUCUACAGAAAGCCUUCUAUCCGUUCCAAAAUAUUCAUCUGAAGCUUUAUCGGACUCAAGUAUUUCUUGUGAGUGUUUGGAGAAUCCCUCUCCUGGUCCAGAGUCUUCAGAAAAUCGAUUUUUUCAAAGUCCUCGUCAAAGCAUUAUGAGUCCAACUGAUCCAAAUUUUGGAUACUAUAGUGCUAGAAGAACAUCUAGGGGCGACUAUACAAAAAGUGUAGUUACUACUAGCUCUGAAGCUACUCGACUGUAGUUGAUUUUAUAUAUGGUACAUUUUUGGUACACAAAUAUGUUAUAUAUUAGUAACAAGACAAAAAACAAACCAGCGAAAAAUAUUCUUAUUAGGACAACUGACAUUUACAUUCUUAUUUUGUACAAGAUUUAAGUUUUAUAAUAAAUUAUUGUUAAUCUUGAAAAAGAAAAAUUUUUCAUUGAAAUAUGUCGCUUGAAUUGACAUACGAGAACUGUUCUGUACAUUUUUAGUAUAAAAACCUACUGUGGUAUUGGAGGGAUGAUUAAGG